UUCGCAUUUCUCUCAAAGCAUAUUAUUUCCGUCACCUGAGACUUCUUAACCUUUGUCUGACACAUCACUGGCCGCGUUGUGGUGUCGACAUCCAAGUCGCGACGACCGAAGCGCCACAACCAAACCCCCACGGGCAACAACGGCCGGGGAAUCGAACAUUUGUUAUGCCAUGAGAGAGCAGAAGUAGACGAUUUUUGUUGGAUAUGGAACGCCCAUACCAGUUUACCGACGACCGAGACGGCGCGCGUUCACCCUUUAACCAGCAACUACUCAACCCUGUCACACAGCCGCCAGGCACAUCCUUCAAAACAAAUGUGAAUCGCAGCAAAACGCGCAAAUGGGCAGAGGCCAAGAACUAUUCCUACGACGGCGAUGAUUGGGGCGGUUAUGACCCUUACGAUGAAUACGGCAGUUACGACGACAAGCAGGACGCGCCCCAGCCUGCUGUCGACCCACGAAGGAACUCAUUCGAGGCCGGCGAGGAGGUGAGGAACUUCUCUUCUGGUCAACAACUACCACAACAGCCGCCUCCACCUCCGGCGAAUACCACUCCUACCAAGCCACAGCCACUCCAACCGGGUCCGCAACCACAGCAGGACUUUGGCGUCCGCCGCGACUUUUCCCAGAUCGCUCACGUUCCACCGCCGCUGAAGACGAAUAACUCCCCUAAUGUAGUUCGCGAACGUUUUCCUGCCAGGAAGAGCAGUCUGCAAUCCAGUCUGCCUUCUUCGCCCGCUCAGCCCUCGCAACAGCAACCCGUCGAACAACCAGUUUCACCGUCUCUGGGCGCUUCGACCGCCGGCAAGCCGCUGCCAUUCAUUCGUCCCGCCGACAUCUACAGACGCAUGGAAGAGGAACGUUUGAGGGAGCAAGAGACGAAAAAUCAGGUUGGAGUCCCGGCCGCCAGGCACGAAGAACACCAAGCCCCUGCCCUUCAGACUCCUUCUCAGGUCAGAGAUGUUGGCUUGGGUUUGGCUGGGACAGAGCCUGAGGGACAAUCUACGAGCGCUUCGUUGGGCUCCUCUCUGCCAGCGGUUAAUCGUGUAGCGUCUGGGUUCGGCUCGGAGUUCUGGAGUGCUUCUGAGUUGUCUAGUCAACUGAGUGGUACCGAUACUCUCUCGCCGACUACCACUAACACGGAACCCGCACCGCCUGCUGAGAUCAACAGUCUAGAAGACGCUUCGCAUGAGCUGCACAAUGCUGUGAACCAAGCAUUCGAGCGCCGGGAUGAUUUGUCCGUUCCUCCCACUCCAAUCUCUCGCGACAACUCCCAAUCUGGCCAUAGUUCGGACACCGCUGGGAUUAGUCCUAUCAUGAGCCGUGUACCGAGCGCUGCAACCGCUGAGGCAAAAGCCCGCCUUGCUGACAACAUGGCCAUGAGACCUAUCGCGGAAGAGAGCAGUUUGCCUGGCAGUCCUGGCUCGCGACCAUCAUCCCAACAGCAGAUCAACUCGAAGAAACGCUCUCCCACGCACUCUCGUCAAGUAUCGGCUGAGUCGCUUAGCAACAGCCCUGCCAGGACCCCUCAACUGGAGUACAUGAAGAGGCUUUCAACUCCAAUGUCUGCAGAGAGCACGAGUCUGCAAGAUGAAGAGGCUGCUUCACCUACUGGCCUCCCUACUAAGCCUCUUCCCAUAGCUUCAGUCCGUGUGAUCGCACCUUCAGCGGACUACAGCCGAAGAGAAUCUGACAUUGCCGCUGAUGCUUCUUCGAGCUCACCAAACGAUACUGCGGAGGCCGCAAAGGCUGCAAGAGCGCAAUUCCUCCAGACUCAUAACGAGCGUGUCGAAUCGCCUGCAAUUGGAAGUCCUGUCGAUCGUACUCCUUCUCCCGUCUCGCGCCGCGGAUCUCCGAACCCUAGCAGAGUUCGUGAUCUUGCAGACAAGUACAAUGACAUGCAUACUCUGUCAAGAAGCAGUUCUGCCAUGUCUUUUGGCUCUCAGAAGAGUGACAGCAUGUCCUUGAAGAGGAGUGGUACUUUCGAGAGCACUACCAGCGACACUGGAAAUGCCAUUGGUGGCGAGACUGUUGUUGAAUCCAUUGAACAACCUUCUCCGGAUCGUCCAGACCCCACUCGUGGUCUUAGCUUCAGACCCCAUCUGCCUGGCGAAUGGGUGUCAUAUGCACCGACUCCUAGCACUGAGAUGCCCGUUGCACAAGAAGCGACAAGACGUAGCUUUGAUACCACAGAAGCUGCUCAGCCUGAUGUGAGCACCCCUCGACAGGAAACUUUCCAGACUACCGAAGACUUUGAUCCCACGCCUUUGACAGCUAAGCAACCACUUGCUCACAAGGACAUUCAACCAAAGGAGAGCAGUCCUGUAGAUGCUGUCAGGAAUGCAGGCGAAGCUUUGGGUGCUGCAUUGUUCUCCUCGUUUGGUCAGAAUCACGGCACCAGAGAUUUUGCUCAGCCAAAGCCUCAGUCACCAGAGAGGGAUCUUUCUGAUUCCGAGCUUACUGGGCCCAGGCCUUCAGUUGGCGAUGUCUAUCUUAGACCUUUGAUGGUGGAUCGCCAAGCUUCCUCUAUCGCAUCUAGCGUUGCUCCUACGCCACCAGCCAAGGACACCCCUGAUGGGCUCAAUCUGCAAAGGUCAUCUGGGUACUUCCCUCCGCCGACCUUACGCGUCAACUCCGAUGCUAUGUCACCGGCAGUCUCUGACUACUCGCCUGCUGAUCUGGAGAGUGAUCGCUUGCGUAGAGAGAUUGAGAGGAGUCUUACUCCCCAGAUACACACCGAGGACCAGCAAACUCGCGAUCAAGAUGCUUUGGACGCACCGGCAACACUUCGAGAAAUCCAGAAGGCUGAAGGUGUUUCAGCUGCUGACCACCAACCUACAACAAACUUGCCUGCAGUGACCUCCGAGCCUGAUGCAUCGUUAAGAACACUUCAACCUGCAAGCUCUGGCCUCCUCGGCAAGCGCUUCAGCUUUGAGAAAGACCAAGGUAUGUCAGGCUUGUGGGGCGAACCAGGCGAAGAAUCAAAGCGUGCCUCCUACGAGCGACCGUUGUCUGGCAUGGGACUUCAUGUGGUGAACACAAACAUGAGCAGCAGUAGCAGCAGUGAAUCGAGUGCCUCUUCCAUCAGGGACAUUCCAGCCGAGGCUAUCGAGGAACCCGCAGGUCCAUCUCUUCAGGCUGUGCUCAGUCUGCCUUCGCCCGUGACAUCGCCAGAUGUUCCUGCAGUGCUCGCAAGAGACGAACCAACACUCGAUACAGCCGCUUUCCCCACGGUUGAGUUUCCAUCUGAGGCUAAGAAAUCCAUCGAGGAGCAGUCGCUUCCUGUCCCUCAUGUGGAGACUGAAAACCCUUUGGCUCCCACUACAACCACGAACACAUCUGCUCGCAUCCCUACUGUCAGAGAGGUUAUGGCUCUGAAGUCGGUGGAUGAGCGCAUCAAUACCUACAACUCUUCGCGAGAACAAAUCGCAUCGAUGGACACUGGUCUUAGCAACUGGCUCACUUCGACUCUCUCGUCUCAUCCUGAGCAUGCUCAUGUUGUUACAGAUGUGAGCAAGCCUGCGAGCACUAAUGCUGUCGGCAGCAUCCGCUACAAGGCUCAGCCUGGUAAUAUCAUGAAGAUGGCCAGAAAGGGUCUCAGUGGUGUCACAAACAGAGAGCCUUCGGGCAGUCAUGCAUCCGAUCCCAGUCAAACGGCCUCCACUGUCGAGCGCCAAAACUCCAACGUUGCUGGCCGCUCUCCCUCAGCACAGCAUGGCGGCGUCGAGAAGAUGCAGACCAAGGGCAAGGAUUUACUGCAUUCUGCCGGCAUGUUUGGUGGUAAGGCCACCGUAGGAGCCAAAGGCCUCUUUGCAAGGGCAAAGGGAAGGCUCCGAGAAGGCGGAAGUGAGAAGGCUUCCGGACGCGCUUCAAUCAGCAACGCCGCGCUUGCCUCGCCGACUUCGCCAAAUGUUGUGGACGACCGUUCCAACAAAGCCAACAACCGUUUCUCCACAGCGUUUGGCCGUUUUGGGGGCAGCUCUACUGCAGAGCGCUCUUCGUCUCAGCCAGCGAGUGCUGUGCAGUCUCCUAUGGAGGGUCCAGAAGCAAUUGUUCCGACAAUUGUAGAGCAGCAAUCCGCGUUGCCGUCAAGUGGUCCAGAUGCAUACAUCGCGCCAUGGACGGAGGAAAAGGUGGGUGGUGCGUUAGACGAUAAAGACCUCGUCAACGAAAGAUUCAAGAGGAUUGGCUUGUUGCCGAGUCCUGCAUUUGGCGGAUCAAUGGCCUCGCGCGAGUCUAACGAGAAUAUCAAAGCUGCAGGUGAGAAUGACGAUCCGAUAUUAAAGGUGGAAGGAGCGGUGCAUCCGGAAGAGACAAACGUGGAGCAGAAUAGUGAAGCUGCGAAGGCAAUCACCCCUAUCGCUCUUCCGGAGCCAGCUGCACCUGUGGAAGAAAUCACGGCGUCAGACCUGUCAUCGGAAGUUCCUGCUUCAGUCUCGGACAACGCUCAGCCAUUGCCCGGGACCAAGGAAAUCCUGCCAGAGCAUUCUGUUCGGGUCGAAAAUACCUCGAACAUCAACAGAAGCCCGACGCGUCGUCCUGUUCCUCAACAGACUGUGGCUGAAGUGCAACCCUCAUCUCGCAGGUCUUCCGUGUCAAGCCUCCAUCGUGAUGAUAACGAUGUAGCAGAAAGCUCAAUUCCGCUUCAGAGAAGCGUAAGCCCUUUGCGUGCCGAGUCAACCACACAAUUGGCUGGUGCCGCCGAGCAAGUCGAGCCUGAGAACACAGAGAGCAGAGACAGCUCUAGACCUCGAAUUGUCAGCCGCAGCAGUCUUCCAUCACAACAACGUCCUCAGUCGCAAUCAAGACAGUCAUCUUGGCAAUGGAAGAGCUCGGGCACAUCUCUGGUUGGCCUGAACAAGACACAUGAUGCGACGGCUUCACCAGUAAAGGCAAGAUCUAUAUCCGGUCAGCACAACGCCUCUGUACCCGUGAGCCGUGCUGGAUCGCCUGUGUCUUUCCUCGAAAUGGCACCUGCCCAGAAAUUGAGAAGUGCGACUACACCAAGCGCUUACUCGACCGAGGAUCUCAAUGCUGGUCCAGGGGCACGUGCUGAGCCAUCAAUGGUGGCAGCUUCUCAGAACCUGACUUUGGUGCCAACUCCCUACGAAGUAGGUAGGAUGGCUCCAAUCGUGCAGUCACCUGUGGAGAUGCAGGGCCCUUGGCAGAAUGGCCAGUCCAACUUCGCUAUGGCACCUGGGCCCUUCGCUGGACCAGCUGCAAUGUAUGCCCAGCCUAGCACCAUGAGCAGCGAACAGAUCAUCUACGAAGAACCCGUUGAUCGCACCUUCUCGCCGACGAUUAUGGAUCCUCGACAGCACGAUAGCGAGUAUCAGCUUCCCGGCGUCGGACCUCCACCAGAGUUGACUCAAGGGUCACGAAGAAGCAGGUUCUCCAUCAGAAGCCCAGGACACGGUCCUGUUCAGGCUGAACGCAUUAACCCCAAUGCCAUAGCACUCAACCAUCAACGCACUUUCUCCGGAGACGAAGUUCCUUUAACACAGUCCGCGCAAGAGAAGAGAGAGAAACGCCGUUCUGGAAUGUUUAGUGCUCUGAGCCGUGGCUCGAGCUUCUCUGGUCUAUCUGGAAUGAACUCUGACGGCAGACAAAGCCGUGGAAACGAUGUCGGUCAAGCGAUUGCGCAGCCUCAAGCACCGGUCCAGCAGGGGUCUGCGGUGCAAAAGGCUAGAGAAACGUCAGGCGGUAGUGCGAGAGGCAACACUCUUAAGAAGAUGCAACGCUCAUCCACUUCCGCUGGUACACCUAGCACUCCCGGUACACCUGAUCCGGAGAAAAAGAACAAGCGCUUCUCGCGUCUCGGUUCUAUCUUUGGACGUUCCAACUCGGAAGCAAAGAAGACCAACAAAUUGGUCAAGAGCAUGCCCAAGCCUGAACGUAUUCCGGAAGCUGCAGCGGCUCCAAGAACACAGAAUAUGCCACCACAGAACAUCCCUGCUCCGCCCAUGGGUAUGGGCUAUGGCAUGGAAAAUGGUAUGCAACAGCCGCAGCAGUGGGGAGAGCAUCCCGAUCAGCAGAGCAGUGUUCCAGCGCCUCCUGGCGGAUGGUAUGCGCCUACGAGCCGUAGAUCCUCUUAUCACCAGGAUCAACAGGCCAGCCUGCCACAAAUUCAGCCGACAAUGUCAGGACAAUCAUGGCAGUCAGGUCAGCUACCACAGCAGCCGCAGUCACCUGUUAUGCAGCCGACUCGUCGCCUCCACAGUGAGGGCUAUCGUCAUGAACCUCGCUAUGCACCUCCCUCUGACUACAGAUCGAUGUCUCCUAGCCCAUUACGCGGUCAGCGAGGCAGUCAGCAAUAUGAUACCACGACACCCCAGAAUUACCAGCGUGCUCCUUCUUGGAGUGGCGGUCCGCGCCAACAACCACCGCCUGGAAACCGCAAUUUCUCGUGGGGCUCGAUGGAUCAACAGCAGCAACAGCAGCAGCCAGGAUACUACUCGCAGAACACGAUGGCCGGGUCGCCGAGCAGACAAAGCCCUGCAGGCACACCUACGCAUUCAAGAAAUGCCUCUUUCGGCAGCAUGACCAAUAUCCAAGCAGCUGCGCCGCCACUUUUCCGUAAUCCCAGCUCAGGAGCUCUGCAACGCUCAUCUUCUCCCUCGAUGUAUGGAGCCUCGCAACCCUAUCAAGUCCCCAUGCCGGCGCCUACAGAAGCCCAACUCAUGUCAAAGCAACAACAAGAUUGGUAUCCCAGAUACGCGGUCGGAUCUCCAGGACCACCACAGCAGGCCAGCACGCCAGGAAUGUACACCAGAGGCUACAGCAACAGCAGACCGGGUAGUGCAAACACCAACAAUGUCGCUUUCGAUAACAUCCCAGAAGCCGAGUACGCCAGACCAGGCUCGGCUGGUGGGAUGAUGCCACCUCCACAAUCCCCUGGAAGAAGCCAGCAAAGAAGGUACUAUGCGAAUGGCGCGGCAGCCAUGGGACCGAGACCUUACCCUUCCGCUCCCAGCCAGCCACAACAGGGUGAAUGGCAGGGCAUCUAUCGUGAUGUUUAAGACGUUGAUUUCUUGUCGAACGUUUGUGUUUCUUUUUUCUCCUAUUCUGUAUAAUUAUUCGUG